AUGGCUCUCUGCACGUUAAUCUCAGCCACUCCCUUCUCCGUUCCGUUCCCGAAUCAUCACGCGUUACACACGCGCCGCCGUUUCCUGUUGCCGUCGGCUACUCUUGCCUCAUCGUCACCGGAAUCAUCGGCAUCAUCAUCGACCUCAAGCUCGAUUCCUGUCAACGGGAACACUUUGUCCACUUCUCAUGGAACAACUCUCAAGAAAAGUGUGGAUAAUAACAACAGUCCAUUCGCUAGCUUCUUUCGUUCCACCGAAUCAAACGUUGAGAGGAUCAUAUUUGAUUUCCGGUUCUUGGCACUAUUUGCAGUAGGAGGUUCGCUUGCUGGUUCACUACUCUGCUUCCUCAAUGGGUGUGUCUAUAUCGUUGAAGCAUAUAAAGUCUAUUGGACUAACUGUGUUAAAGGCAUCCACACCGGCCAAAUGGUGUUACGCCUCGUCGAAGCCAUAGAUGUUUAUUUGGCUGGGACAGUUAUGCUAAUAUUUAGUAUGGGUUUGUAUGGACUCUUCAUCAGCCACUCUCCUCCUGAUGUUCCUCCGGAAACCGAUCGUGCCCUUAAAGCCUCUUCUCUCUUUGGAAUGUUUGCUAUGAAAGAGAGACCGAAAUGGAUGAAGAUAAGUUCACUGGAUGAGCUCAAAACCAAAGUGGGUCAUGUUAUUGUCAUGAUUCUUCUAGUGAAAAUGUUCGAAAGAAGCAAGAUGGUAACAAUCGCUACGGGUCUCGAUUUGCUUAGUUAUUCCGUUUGCAUCUUCUUGUCCUCUGCUUCUCUAUAUAUCCUCCAUAAUCUCCAUAAAGGAGAGCACUGA